CAUUUGCUCACGCUGGUGUAGCCUGGCGGCUGGGAGAAGGGGCGGGUUUUGGCUCGUCACGUGAUUAAUGGCGGAGCGCGGCUCAGCACGGCUGAGGGGAGAGAAAGACCGAGACCGGAAGCGGAAAGAUCCCCUUAGAGCACAGUAGUCAGCAGAAUCGUUAACCGAAGUGGGCGUGUGGGGUUGAGGAGGUGACCGCGGGCUGUAUGUAUAGGGUUCUCCCUGCCCUCUCUGAACAUCACAAUGGCGACAGAGAUUGGUUCCCCACCACGCUUCUUCCACAUGCCACGCUUCCAGCACCAAGCUCCCCGCCAGCUGUUCUACAAACGUCCCGAUUAUGCACAGCAACAAGCCAUGCAACAGCUGACCUUCGAUGGCAAACGCAUGCGAAAGGCUGUGAAUCGCAAGACAAUAGACUACAAUCCUUCUGUCAUUAAGUACCUGGAGAAUCGCGUAUGGCAGAGAGAUCAGAGAGACAUGAGAGCCAUCCAGCCAGAUGCCGGGUACUAUAAUGAUUUGGUUCCUCCCAUCGGGAUGUCUAACAAUCCUCUGAAUGCUGUGACCACUAAGUUUGUUCGUACAUCUACCAACAAAGUGAAGUGCCCUGUGUUUGUAGUUAGGUGGACUCCUGAGGGACGCCGUUUAGUAACUGGAGCUUCAAGUGGAGAAUUCACAUUAUGGAAUGGGCUUACGUUUAAUUUUGAGACUAUUUUACAGGCUCAUGAUAGCCCAGUCCGAGCGAUGACCUGGUCCCACAAUGACAUGUGGAUGCUGACUGCUGACCAUAGUGGAUAUGUGAAAUAUUGGCAGUCCAACAUGAACAACGUCAAGAUGUUCCAGGCACAUAAGGAGGCGAUUAGAGAGGCCAGUUUCUCCCCUACGGAUAAUAAAUUUGCCACCUGUUCAGAUGAUGGAACGGUUAGAAUCUGGGACUUCCUUCGUUGCCAUGAGGAGAGGAUACUACGAGGACAUGGGGCUGAUGUGAAGUGUGUUGACUGGCACCCAACCAAGGGCCUUAUAGUCUCUGGAAGUAAGGACAGCCAACAACCAAUCAAAUUUUGGGAUCCCAAGAAUGGGCAGAGUCUUGCAACACUACAUGCGCAUAAAAAUACUGUGAUGGAGGUGAAGUGGAAUCUAAAUGGUAACUGGCUGCUUACUGCUUCCCGUGAUCAUCUCUGCAAGCUUUUUGACAUCCGCAACCUUCGGGAAGAGUUGCAAGUGUUUAGAGGCCACAAAAAAGAGGCCACAGCUGUUGCUUGGCAUCCAGUUCAUGAAGGCCUUUUUGCCAGCGGAGGGUCUGAUGGUUCUCUCUUGUUCUGGAAUGUUGGGGUGGAGAAGGAGGUUGGUGGUAUGGACAUAGCACAUGAAGGAAUGAUCUGGAGUCUUGCCUGGCACCCACUUGGGCAUAUUCUAUGCUCUGGAUCCAAUGAUCACACCAGCAAAUUCUGGACCAGAAAUCGCCCUGGUGACAAAAUGCGAGACCGUUAUAACCUGAACCUUCUUCCUGGCAUGUCAGAGGAUGGUGUCGAAUAUGAUGACAUUGAGCCGAACAAUCUAGCCAUUAUCCCUGGCAUGGGUAUUCCAGAGCAACUGAAAAUGGCAAUGGAACAAGAACAAAUGAGCAAAGAAGAGGCAAGUGCAGUGGAGAUGACAAUCCCUGGUUUGGACUGGGGGAUGGAUGAAGUGAUGCAUAAAGACCAGAAAAAAGUGCCACAGAAGAAAGUUCCGUAUGCCAAACCCAUCCCAGCUCAAUUUCAGCAAGCAUGGCUGCAGAAUAAAGUUCCCCUUAUGCCACCUUCUGAGCCGGUUCCUGAAAGAAAGGAAGAGGUCAAACUUGAUGAGAAGAAGAAGAACCAGGCUGAGAUAGAGCAGGAGAUGGCAGCUCUACAGUAUACCAACCCUCAGCUGCUAGAGCAAUUAAAGAUUGACAGAAUUGCACAGAAACAGGCAGAGGGACCAGGACAAUCCCCUGGCAUUGCUUCACCUUUGGGAGCACCUCCGCAAGUACCUUCACCUUUUCCACCACCACAAACUCAGCCACCUCUAAACUUCCAGCAACCCCAUCCUCAACAGCAACAGAUGGCAAUGAACGUUCCACAUGGCUCACAAGGACAGUUUAGGCCACAAGGGCCUCAAGUACCUACAGGUCCUCAAGGUUUCAUGGGCCCAGGUCCACAGAGUAUAAGACCUCAGGAUAUGCAUCCUGGAAUGCCUAGGCUUCCAGCUCCACAUGGACCAAUGGGUCCACAAGGUCCUCCAGCUAAUCCUGGUCCACAGGGUCACUUGGGUCCUCAAAUGCCUCAAGGUCCCAGAGGAGUACCAGCCCCUCACCAUGGCAUGCAGGGAGCACCUGGUGCUCAGGGGCCACUAAUGGGUGUUGCUCCCAGAGGUGUCCAGACAUCUCAUGGACUGCGGGAUAAUCAGGGACCUAAUCAAGGAAUGUUGAUGGGACAUCCAGCGCAAGAUUUAAGAGACCCUUCAGAAGCAAUGCUUGGACAUGUAUCUGAUGUAAGAGGACAGGUGGAAAUGAGGGUCCCGUCGGAUAUGCAUGGACAUCAGGAUAUGAGAGGACAUCCUGAAAUUCAUGGACCUCAAGAUAUAAGAGGCCAUCCAGACAUGCGAGGUCCUCAGGAUAUGAGGGGUCCUCCAGAUCUACACGGCCCCCAGGAUACCAGGGCUCCACCAGAAAUGCGCGGCGCUCAGGACAUGAGGGGAAGUCUCGAUGUACGUGGGCCUCAUGACAUGCGUGGCCCCCCUGAUAUGCGCGUGCCUCAUGACUUGCGUGGCCCUCUUGAUAUGCGAGGCCCCCCAGACAUUCAUACCCCUCAGGAUAUGCGGGGUCCCCCAGACAUGCGCGGCCCUCCAGAUAUGCGGGGUCCCCCGGAAAUGCGCGGCCCUGCAGACAUGCGGGGUCCCCCGGAAAUGCGCGGCCCUCCAGACAUGCGAGGUCCCCCGGAAAUGCGCGGCCCUCCAGACAUGCGAGGUCCCCCGGAUAUGCGCGGUCCUCCGGAUAUGCGAGGACCCCCGGAAAUGCGCGGCCCCCCGGAUAUGCGGGGGCCCCAUGAUAUGCGUGGCCCUCCGGAUAUGCGGGGCCCCCAUGACAUGCGCGGCCCUUCAGAUAUGCGAGUUCACCCUGACAUGCGCGGCCCUCCAGAUAUGCGAGUUCCCCCUGACAUGCAUGGCUUUCCUGAUAUGCGGGGUCCUUCUGACAUGCGUGGGCCUCAUGAUAUGCGAGGGACAUCAGAAACGCGUGGCCCCCAGGACCUAAGGGGCGGUCCAGACAUGCGUGGCCCCCAGGAGCUAAGGGGCGGUCCAGACAUGCGUGCCCCCCAGGACCUGAGGGGCGGUCCAGACAUGCGUGCCCCCCAGGACCUGAGGGGUGGUCCAGACAUGCGUGGCCCCCAGGACCUGAGGGGCGGUCCAGACAUGCGUGGCCCUCAGGACCUGAGGGGCGGUCCAGACAUGCGUGGCCCCCAGGACCUGAGGGGCGGUCCAGACAUGCGUGGCCCCCAGGAUCUGAGGGGCGGUCCAGACAUGCGCGGCCCUCAGGACAUGAGGGGCGGUCCAGACAUGCGUGGCCCUCAGGACAUGAGGGGCGGUCCUGACAUGCGUGGCCCUCAGGACAUGAGGGGCGGUCAAGAUAGACGAGGCCCCCAGGAUAUGAGGAGCAGUCCUGACAUGCGUGGCCCACAAGAUGUAAGAAGAUCUGAUAGAGGACCACAUGACUUACGCGGCCCUCAGCAUGUGAGAAGUACUCCAGACACAAGAGGACUAUCGGACAUGCAGGAUAUCCGAAGCCCACAAGAUAUGAGGGGUCCCCAGGAUGUUAGAGGACCUCUCGAUAUGGGUGGCCCACAUGAAAUGAGGGGUCCCCAAAGCAGGGUGUCAAAUUUGGGACUUGCGCAAGAUACCCGUGCACAGCCAGUAUCCCAAGGACCACUAGGAAAUUCACAAGGUCCUCACAGUCAACAGAAUCCAUCAAGGGCACAACAGAAAGCCCCUUUACUGGGAGAUGGUCCUAGGCCUUUUAACCAGGGUGGUAAAGGCCAGGUCCCACCUCUAUUACCUGGUCUAGGGGGACAGCAGGGCUUGACAGGGCGUGCCCCACCACUGGGCCAGGGACCCAGUCCCAGCAAAGGUGACAUCCGUGGGCCUUCGAACCAUCAGUCUGAGCGGAGACGUGAGCCAAGCCCAUUCCGAGGUGGGCCGGAAUGGAUUGACUCAAGAGAUAAUAGAGGACCACCUGACAGAAGAGGCCCACACUCUGAGGCACACGAGCGCCCUGAAGAUUACCUUCAAGACGAUCGAUAUGGACCUCGAGGGCGUGAGUUUGAUGGGAGAGGCGGGGGACCUGCAUUACAAGAUGACAAGUGGAGGCGUGGUGGUUCUGGCCCCCAGUUUGCAUCCAAUCACAGAGAUUUUCCUGAUCGGGAUAGUAGAGAUUCAGGUCGCUGGGAAGGCAGGAGACAUCCUGAGGAGCAGUAUUCCAGAGAUCCUGAGGAUCUGAGAUUUCGGGGGCCAAGAGAUGAAAAUUUCCGUAGGACUGGUCCCCGAAGGCACGAAGGACGUGGCAUCCGAGGAAGGGAAGGAUUCUCCAAUUCAGAUGAACUUGGUCCUGAUGAGAGCUAUGAUUUAAAGGAUGAAUCCGGAAGAGGGAGAGAUGCUGGAAGGGGUCGGGGCCGGGGUCGUGGUUCCCAGAGAGAAGCAAGGAAAGGACUUCUUCCCACUCCGGACCAGUUCUCUAGUUCAGAUCGUGGGCCUAACCACCAGUCCCGGGACCCAGGUCCUGAUCACUUCCAAGGCAGCCCUGGUAGGGACAUUCCAACUCCAGACAGUCAUUCACCAGCCAGCAGAGAACGUUCCUCCUCUUUGCAAGGUAUGGACAUGGCUUCUUUACCACCACGCAAGAGACCCUGGCAUGAUGGUCCUGGAACCCCUGACCACAGAGAGAUGGAUCCGGCAGGUGGGCAACCUGAUGAACCUGGGAAAGGGCGUGAAAUUUCAGUACCUUCAUCCAGGUCACAAAGACUGAGCCGUUCCAGCUCCCUGGAACUGGAGGAUGGUCCCUCAAGGAGUACGCGAGGCAAAUGGGGCCGUGGGGGAUCUGGAACAAACAGCAAUAUGAACUCUAAUCAGUGGAGAGGAGGUCCUCGAGGUAGUGGAAGUAGCAGUGGAGGUGGGAGAAAUCGAUAAGAUCACCUGAAAACAUCUUUCCAAGUCCAUAUUGGACCAAACGUAAUGGAACUUUUAGUGGAUAGCAACUGCAUCAUUGCUGAAGAGGGCCCUGUUUGCGGCUCUAAACAUUUUAUAAGAGCUGGGAGACUGGAAGCAUCAUCUGUGACUACUUCAGAGAACAAACAAUUCAACCAUAUUUGUUUUCCUUCCUUUCUGUUAAGUUCUUUUUCACUGGUGUUGAAGUCCACGCAACUAUCACUGCCCGUCUUUCCCUCUGGAGAUGGGAGUUAUAAACAAAUCUUUGUGUACAGUUUGUCAGUAA